AUGGGAAUCUCAGCUGCUUUCUCCCCUUCUUGGUUUAAUGAGAGCAUCAUUGUUCCAGUCAUCUUUUCACUAAUAUUCCUACUUGGAACCGUAGGGAAUGGGCUUGUUCUGGCAGUGUUACUGAGGAAUGGACAGAUGAGUUACAAUACAACCAAUCUCUUUAUUUUAAACCUAAGCAUAGCUGAUCUGUUCUUUAUUAUCUUCUGUGUUCCCUUUCAAGCCACCAUCUACACCCUGGACGGGUGGCUCUUUGGCUCAUUCAUUUGCAAAGUGGUCCACUUUUUCAUAUACCUCACCAUGUAUGCUAGCAGCUUCACAUUGUCUGCUGUGUCUGUUGACAGAUAUCUUGCCAUACGAUACCCCUUGAAAUCCCGAGAUCUCCGCACAACACGAAAUGCCACAGCUGCCAUUGCUGUAAUCUGGGCAUUGGCAAUCAUCUUGGCUGGACCAUAUUUGAGUUACUACCAGAUUGUGAGUUACAGGGGAAUACCCAUCUGUCUGCCAAUCUGGGAAGACAAAAAGAGAAAAAUAAUGGACGUUUCCUCUUUUGUUUUUGGCUUCUUAAUCCCAGUUACAAUUCUGAGUCUUGCCUACACCAGAACAAUCAAGUACCUGUGGACUUCAGUGGAUCCCAUUGAAACCAUUUCAGAAUCUAAGAAAGCCAAGCGAAAAGUGACCAAAAUGAUUAUCAUUGUUGCUGUGCUUUUUUGCCUCUGCUGGUUGCCCCACCACGUGGUUAUCAUGUGUUUCUGGUUUGGUUAUUUCCCAUUUAAUAAGGCAACCUAUGCCUUCAGGCUUGUCUCACACUGCUUGUCCUAUGCCAACUCCUGCCUCAACCCCAUUGUGUAUGCUUUGAUAUCGAAGCAUUUUCGCAAGAGAUUCAAACAAGUCUUCACUUGUCACCUGAAGAAGCAAACAGCCAAUAAAGUCCACGUUGUCCAUGUGGCCAAUAUUGUGACUGGGUUCCAGGCUGUAACAACGGAAACUUCCCAGUUCAAUGAGGAAAACUGCAAAGUCGCACGGCCAGCCCGGGUGGAAAGCAACAUGGGACAUAACAAGCCAGGAGUUGCUCUGAGACAGGGGGUUCGACAUUAUCCCUAA